CAAUUUGACAGCUGUUCGCGCCAAAACGCCAGUUUUGCCGCCGCAAACUUAUUUUAUUGUCAAUUCAGCUACAAGCAGCAGCAACAACGCGCUCUUAAAAUUUUUGCAUAAAUUCGCAUUUUAGUAGCAUAAUAAGAUAAACGCGUAAUCAUGUUUGAGGCACGUCUUGGACAGGCAACUAUACUUAAGAAAAUCCUGGAUGCCAUCAAGGAUUUGCUAAAUGAAGGCACAUUCGAUUGCAGCGAUUCUGGCAUUCAGCUUCAGGCCAUGGACAACUCGCAUGUGUCGCUGGUGUCGUUGACACUCAGAUCGGAUGGCUUCGACAAGUUCCGCUGUGAUCGUAAUCUUUCCAUGGGCAUGAAUCUGGGCAGCAUGGCAAAAAUAUUGAAGUGUGCCAACAAUGAAGAUAAUGUGACGAUGAAGGCACAGGAUAAUGCGGACACAGUCACCAUCAUGUUCGAGUCGGCGAACCAGGAGAAGGUCUCCGACUACGAGAUGAAACUGAUGAAUCUCGAUCAGGAGCAUUUGGGCAUUCCGGAAACGGACUAUUCUUGCGUGGUUCGCAUGCCGGCAAUGGAAUUUGCUCGCAUCUGUCGCGACUUGGCUCAAUUCAGUGAAUCGGUUGUCAUUUGCUGUACGAAAGAAGGUGUCAAAUUCUCUGCUAGCGGCGAUGUUGGCACUGCCAAUAUUAAAUUGGCUCAAACUGGUUCCGUAGACAAAGAGGAGGAGGCUGUAAUCAUUGAUAUGCAGGAGCCGGUCACGCUCACAUUCGCCUGUCGCUACCUGAACGCCUUCACCAAGGCAACACCGCUCUCCACUCAGGUGCAGCUGUCCAUGUGCGCCGAUGUGCCGUUGGUGGUGGAAUACGCCAUCAAGGAUCUGGGUCAUAUACGCUACUACCUGGCGCCGAAGAUCGAGGAUAAUGAAACAUAGAAAUAUCUAUAUCGUAUUCAUACUACCAAUAUAUACCACAUAAUUCACUCACAUAGUUUGACAUACUAAUUAUUAAGACUUUACAGCGCAGCAUUUCAUCCAUUGGCCAAUAAAUAAAUACAUUUUC